AUGGCAACAGCUGAGCUUUUGUGGCUUCUCAGCUGUUGCCCCAGAUAUCAUAUUGAGUUCACAUUUUUUUCUGCGAUGGCUUUCUUCAACUUAACACGGCUGGGACUACAGGACCCUAUAAAGUCUGCAGUCACUAAACCGGGAACAGCUUCUGCACCAGGCGGAGAUCUUGAUACAGCGAAAUCAACAGCUGCGGCAGCGUCAAGACACGCCAGUCUCAAAGAGCCGGUCUAUCCAAACUCGGAAGCGAAUGGAUCUCACGUAAAAUACACUACCCGUCUACACAAACACAUUCGACCUAAAUUGGGUAAGUCUGCCUAAGAUAAAAAGCUUUCGCUUCCAUACUCUGCGUGAUAUGUAAGCGCGAUCUUAACAGUGAUGAUGAGAUUUUAUUUAUUGAGACGGAAGUUGUUUAUAAAUUUUAUAAAAGUGAUAAUGGCCUUCUUUGUUUAUAUCACUCACUCUUGGUUUUAAUAUUUAGUCUUGUUGUGUUGUAAGAUUAUAGUCGAGAAAUAGAAGUUAUUACUUAAAGGGCUUUUUAGUUAGCAAAUACCCAAUGAUAAUAAAAAUGUGCUUAAAAAACUCUUAUAUGACACAAGAUCUCCCAUGAGGCCUCUCAAAAUUUUUGCCGCACAUCUUUCUAAAAGUUACAUUUGCAGGCAUUUGCACAAGCGAAAUUGAAAACCAUGCCAUCAACCUGAUUUUCAGAUGAUCGUGCAGGCCUAAUCUUUAAUGCACUCACGUCCAUAUCCUUGGACAUUCACAUCCGUAUCCCAUAUCCUUGUAGUCUGUGAACAGGCUCUCUGUUUGGGGGAAAACAGGCUAAUAUCCUUGAGGCUGCUGCAUAGGACAUUUUUAGGGGGUGCCCCUCAUUCACUGAGUGCAGAGGCAUUUUGGAAAAGUACCCUCUUUGUGUAAGGCUGUAUAUGCACUCAUGAAACUCAAAGGAAAUAAAAUUGUGUUGAGUCUGUACUGAGAUCACAUAAAAUGAAUUUAAUAAUUCUCUUUUCAGAUGGUAGUGGCCAACCUGAGAGCAUUGCUCCUUCUUUGAUACUAAUAGACUCUAUGGACUAUAUCAAAGAAACUUCAACAUUGUUGACCCAACCUCCCAGCAGUAACAGUUUAUUCACAUCCAGGGGAGAGUAGGAUUACUCCCAGGUGCUUCAUGCUACACAAAAUUAAUGGUGAUAGCCCCAGCCGUGGGUGCUUCACAUGCUCAUGUUAACCUCCAACGCAGUUGUCUUAUAGCUUCACUAUAAUUAAUAAAGGCAUUCCUUUCCCACUUUAAUUUGUGGGAAAGGAACCCACGACAAAGCCUUAAGAACGUCUGCAUGGGGGACUAGGCUCCUGUGUGCCUUUACCAAGUGCAUAAGCAAAGCUUCAUAUUUUGAACACUGCAACCAUUUUGCUUUAUUUUUUCUAUGAUUUAUUCUUUUUUCUUAAACAAGGACUUUUGUCAUUUUAAAACCAAAAAAGAACAACAAGAAUAACAACAAAUUGAAAGAAACAGGGUCCACAGUUUUCCAAGAGAAAGGGCAGCCUUCUUCUACUGCAAUGCCAAAGGGUCUAUUACCCAGUGCUUCUGAUAAUUCUUGUGGGAUGAUUCUCUCCUUCUCUUAAUCUUUUAACUUAAAAUUAAUUUUUGCAGGACCAAAUGAAAUAUACCACACCCAAAUAACAACAAAUAUAAAUUACAGUUAUUGGAUGAAAGAUGGAGUCCAACAAGAAUCAUGGACACAGAAUGAUCAUCAUCCAAGAGUCAAUAGUGAAAUGACAAGGUAUCAUUCAAUAAUAAUAUUCAUCAACAUAUUACUUCCUUUCAUGUAAGAUUUUGCCUAGUCUGCAUAGCUGGCAGCAGUUAUUUAUUUUUUAACAGGCCCUGCAAGGAGAAUAUGUGAGAUUUUCUUCCUUUUCCCUUAAAAAACGGCACCUGCUAUGUAGGGUAGAUUUUGCCCUUCAGACCUGUGUAUUUUGUACCUGAAAAAGCAUCCGAAGUUUAAUUGACAAGUCAUUUCAAUAACUAUACAUACAAUGCCCGGGUAGUAGGGUGGGGGUUGGAGGGGUUUUGGAAGGGUGGUUGCGGGCACAGCUGGGGUUGAUGAAGCCAUGAAAUGUAUUGAAAUAAUAAGGUGUUAUUCAAUAAUUCAUGAUCUUAUUAUUUCAAGUAAUGAUUUUGCCCUACAGGGCCCAGUUGUUCAAAUGCCGGUUAGCGCUAACCCAGGGUUAAAUUUUAACCAGGGCUUCUUUUUCUUUUCAUCAAAAGCACUCUCUCAGAUGAUUUUCUAUAUAUUUUUUAGAGUAUCCAAUCAUCAAAUUGUAGACAAAGAGAAUUACACUGAAUUUGCUUUUUACGCUCUCACAUCUGAGUUCAAAUUUUGCACUAACCCUGGGUUAUCUUAACCCACCUUUGAACAACCCAACCCAGGUGUAUUAAUUUUUGUACCUGUACAGGCAUCAGACUUUCAUUACAAGUCAUAUCAGCAACUAUACAAAGGAACCCGAUACAGCAAACUGCUAAAUGCCUGGGCUCACCCCAAUCCGCUUCCCACCAACACGGGACCCCCACCCCUCUCUUCCUCACUCCCUUCCCACUAACACCCGUGUGAAUCUCAACUACUUCGGUAUUUUGCAUAACUUUUCCUGACUUUCAAUUACGUUGCUUGCUUUAACAUUAGGGUACAUACAUACAUACAUACAUACAUACAUACAUGUACUCUACCAGUCCCAUUUCAGUUUGUUAACUCACAAACCAGGAUGGUAAUAAUAAAAUCAUAUUAUAUUAGAGAUUUCUUGCAAAGUUCAAUGCAUUUCAGAUAACAGAAAUGCUGGAAAAUUUGCAAAAAUGAAUGUAAAGUGAAAAAAACCUUAAUACUUUCUCUAGUUUACCCUUUAAGGACUCAAGUUGAAAGGUACAUGUAUGUUAUAAACUUCAAGUUCAGUGAUCUUGUGUUUGUUUCCUAUUUUUCCAGAUUUGUUGAUGAAAUGACACUUACCAACAGAGAGUUCACGUUAUUUUAAGCACUGAACAAUGAAAUAGCUGGGAUGCUGAACUUAUUUCUCUCCCUCCUUUAAUUGUCACAAUGUUAUUACUUUCUUUAAUAGAAUAUUUCAAUGAUAAAUGUCGUCAAUUCAUUGAUGACUAGGGUACAGUGCUGACUUGUACAUAUAAUCAUUUACAACCACUUAUCAUGAAGCAGAAAAAUAAGAAUUCAACAUUGAAACAUGAAACUCAGAUUUCACUUUAACAAACUGUAUCGAUUAAUGAGAACAUUACCCUUUUAUUGAAAAGUACAUUCGUUUUUUAAAUGUAAUGGGUAU